AUGAGGCUAGCACUUCGCCUGGGGCUCGCCGUUUGUUCAGGACUACUGAUCGCUCUUGUCCUCCUUAAUCGACCAAUAACCAACUUCUGGGAUCAGUAUGGGGUUGCUUCGUAUAUCAAGACACGACUUAAGACUAGUCUGAAAGACGGAACACUGGACUACCUUCCUGCUUUGCCUGGUGCUACAGGAGAUAAGAUCAUCGUAAUGGCAAAGCUGGAAAAGGAUGACAUCAAUUUUAUCUCUUCAGACCUCUCAGACUGGCAAUCAGCUAUCUAUACCGUGAACCCAACCCAAGAGGACCCGUUCAUCUUGACGACUCCAGUCAAUAAAGGGCGAGAAGCGAUGGCCUAUCUGACCUACAUCAUUGACAAUUACUCGACUUUGCCGUCCAUCAUCGCCUUCUUACAUCCGCACCGAGAUGGCUUUUUCUCAGCUUGGCACACAGAUACUCCGCUCCACAGUAACGUAGACGCGAUGCAUAUGCUAAAUCUAUCCUACGUGAAGCAACAAGGCUACGUUAAUCUACGGUGCAAACAGUCCCCCGGUUGCUUGGAGAAAGAUACUCAUAAUGCACACGUCACUCCUGCGAUAUACAAGGAAGUGUUCUCAGGCACGAGUACAGCAAUCGAUCACGUCUCCCAGGCACCAACUCUAGUUGGGGCUGCUUGCUGUGCCCAAUUUGCCGUGAGUAAUGACCAAGCUCGGAAACGCCCCUUGUCAGACUAUGAGAGUCUACGUGCUUGGGUCACAGGAACAAGCCUGAGUGAUGCUAAAAGUGGGAGAGUCAUGGAAUUUUUGUGGCAUGUAGUAUUCGGAAUGAGUGCGGUCUAG